GUAAGAAGAGGUUUGGUUUUCUUGGACAAGGGGCUCUGCAACUAGCGUUAGCAGUGUAAGAUGGUAAUAAACGGAGCUUCCUUGACGACCCGUUUCACUCAUCUGACCCGACAACGACACCUAUCCUUUUUUCAUAAUAAUUCUAACCCCUUAUCAGUUUCACCUUCCAAAUAUGGUCCUCCUUUUCAGUUUCAUUUUUCACCUGCAGCUGCUUCUCUGCACUCAAUUUCAACUGCUGCAGGUGUGCAGAAAGGAGAGCAGGUAUCUAUCGAGCAAUCCGAAAUCAUAUUUAUGGGGACAGGAACCAGUGAAGGGAUUCCACGAGUGAGCUGCCUUACCGAUCCCUUAAAGAAAUGCCCGGUUUGCUCAAAAGCUGUGGAACCGCGAAAUAAGAAUAAGAGACUUAAUACCAGCAUUCUUAUUCGUUAUCCUAGACCCUCUGGUGUAUCUAAUAUUCUUAUAGAUGCGGGCAAGUUCUUCUACCAAAGUGCUCUUCGCUGGUUCCCUACUUAUGGGAUAAGAACAUUAGAUGCAGUGGUAAUAACUCAUUCUCAUGCUGAUGCAAUUGGAGGUUUGGAUGAUCUUCGUGAUUGGACAAACAAUGUCCAGCCUCAUAUUCCUAUUUAUGUUGCCGAGCGUGAUUUUGAGGUGAUGAAAAAAACCCAUUAUUAUCUUGUAGACACGAGUGUGGUCACACCUGGAGCUGCAGUCUCAGAGUUGCAAUUUGAUAUCAUACAUGAAAAGCCGUUCAUAGUACAUGACCUUAAGUUUACUCCGCUACCAGUGUGGCACGGCCGUAACUACCGUUCUUUGGGCUUCCGCUUUGGCAACGUGUGUUACAUCAGUGAUGUUAGUGAAAUACCUGAAGAGACAUAUCCCCUUUUAAGAGACUGUGAAAUUCUUAUAAUGGAUGCUUUGAGACCUGAUCGAUCUUCUUCAACACAUUUUGGACUUCCAAAGGCUUUGGAAGAAGUACGAAAAAUCCAGCCAAAAAGAACCCUUUUCACAGGUAUGAUGCAUUUGAUGGAUCACGAAAUAGUGAAUGAAGGUCUCUUGAAGUUGAAGGAAACCGAAGGUCUAGAUGUACAACUCAGUUAUGACGGGCUUCGUGUUCCAAUAGACCUAUAACACUUGGCACCUUUCGUUACACUCGCCUUCCUAAUUUUCAAACGGAAAACCCUUUAUUCGCAGCACCAUAUGAAACAGUAGUUGGAUACGACUGAUCCUCACAUGCAUUCAUUUUUGGAACCUGCCUGCUUUAGAUUACAUCUAUGCACCUGCCACGCUUCUAAACUUUUGGUUAUGGCACGGAUUUAGAAAGUGGCUGAUAACUUUAUGGCAAAUCGUGAGUUGACGCAUUAGGAUGUACAUUUUGAUGCAGUCAUGAAAAUCUUGUCAACUUCUAAAGGGUUUAGCUGAUGUAAUUUCUGUUGAACUUGGGGUCCAUCAUAUUACGAAUGAUGUCAUUUAUUCGUGAAUAUAACGUAAAAUGAUACUACCUCUUUAUAAAAAUCUGAAUAUCAAAUGCAGUUUUGAAA